CACAGCGUUUGUCACUCCGUGUCUGAGCAACUUCAGUGACACCACGAGGAAAGGUCUGUACUGGGCCAAAUGGCACACAUCCCACAUGUGGCAUCUUUCUUUCUCUUUCUGACUAAGCUCAGCCUUGGCCAGAGAGAAGUGACCGUCCAGAAAGGACCGCUGUUUCGGGCUGCAGGCUACCCCAUCAGCAUUGGCUGCAAUGUCACUGGCCACCAGGGACCUGCUGAGCAGCAUUUCCAGUGGUCUGUUUACCUGCCCAAAGCCCCGACCCAAGAAGUCCAGAUUGUGAGCACCAAGGAUGCCACCUUCUCUUACGCGGUGUACGCACAGCGGGUGCGAAGCAGGGGGAUCUACGUGGAGAGGGUCCGGGGCAACUCAGUCUUCCUGCACAUCUCAGAGCUCCAGCCAAAGGAUUCUGGCGAGUAUGAGUGUCACACACCCAACACGGAUGAAAGAUACUACGGCAAUUACAGCGCGAAGACUAGGCUAAUUGUUAUUCCAGAUACCCUCUCUGCCACCAUGAGUCCCCAGACUCUCUGUAAGGAGGAAGGCGAAUCAUUAGAACUUACCUGUGAAGCAUCCAAAGCCACAGCUCAGCAUACCCACCUCUCUGUCACCUGGUACCUGAUGCAGGAUGGAGAAAGAAACCAAACUACCAAGAUUAUUUCCCUCUCCAAAGAUUUCAUGUUGACCCCUGGGCCCUCAUAUACAGAGAGGUUUGCGGCUGGUGACGUCCAGCUCAGCAAGCUUGGGGUCGCCACCUUCAGGCUGUCCAUAGGGAGGCUCCAGCCCUCAGAUCAAGGCCAGCUGUUCUGUGAGGCAACUGAAUGGAUUCAGGAUCCAGAUGAAACCUGGACUUUAAUCACAAGAAAGCGGACAGCUCAAACAGCUCUGAGGAUCCAACCAACAGUGAGAGAUUUUCAAGUCAACAUUUCAGCUGAGAGCACGUUUACUACAGGGAAAUCCUUAGAACUGGUCUGCCUGGUCGUAGGCAGUGGCCGGGACCCACAGCUUCAGGGCGUUUGGUUCUUCAAUGGUAAUGAGAUGGCCCGCAUGGAUGCUGGGGGUGUUCUGGACCUGAAGGGAGACUACAGACAGAGAGCAAGUCAAGGACAGCUCCAGGUUUCAAAGUUAACCCCCAAGGCUUUCUCUCUCAAGAUCUUCUCUGCGGGCCCCGAGGAUGAAGGCGCCUACAGAUGUGCUGUGGCGGAGAUGGCAAGAGCUCAGAUGGGCUCCUGGCAGGUGCUUCAGAGCAAGCAGUCACCAGACAGCCAUGUGCAUCUGAGGAAACCAGCAGCAAGAAAUGUGGUCUUAUCUACCAAGAACCAGCAGCAAGCCGUGUGGGAAGGAGAGGCAUUAACCCUUCUCUGCAAGGCAGAUGGGGCUGAGAGUCCCUUGUCUGUGGAAUGGUGGCAUCUUCCACAAGGCCAGAAGCAGCCAGAGUUGAUGGCUGGCAUGCAGCAGGAUGGCACCGUGCAGCUGGGGGCCUCCUACAAGGAACUCAAUAACCAGGGCUCCACAAGGCUGGAGAAAAUGGACUGGGCUACCUUCCAGCUGGAGAUCAGCUCCACCAGCACCACAGACAGUGGCAUGUAUGAGUGCAGAGUGUCUGAGGGCACCCGGAACCAGGCCAGAGGGCGGAGCUGGACUCAGAAGUUGGCCAUCACUGUCAAAUCUCUGGGUAAAGAGUCAAGUUUAUGGGUUAAGCUGAUGAGCCGUCAACCCAAAGUGGAAUUAGCCAAGACCUUUGGCCUGUCCUGCAUAGUGGAGGCUGACUAUGCCAACCUCAGGGUGCCACUCACCGUGACAUGGCAGUUCCAACCAGCAAGAUCUCAAGUCUUUCAUCCGCUUGUUCGAAUCACCCAUAAUGGCACUAUUGAGUGGGGGGAUUUCCUAUCUCAGUUCCAAAAGAAGACGAAAGUUUUACAGUCCUCGUUUCAUUCUCAGCUCCUAAUUCAUGAUGCCACUGAGGAAGAAGCAGGAGUUUAUCAGUGUAAAGUAGAAGUUUACGUCAGAAAUUCCCUAUGCACAAGCGGCCCUGUGAGGGCUUCUGCCGUCUCUCACUCACUGAUGAUAGCCAUCACUUUACCAGAAAGCAAGCUACAAGUGAACUCAAGCAGUCAAGUCCAAGAGAUCCUCAUCAACUCCAACACCAACAUAGAAUGUAGCAUCUUGUCCCGGUCCACUGGAGACCUUCAAUUAGCUGUCAUUUGGUACUUCUCUCCCAGUUCCACUAAAGCAACCUGGCUGAAGAUCCUGCAAAUAGACAAAAACAAUGUUGUAAAAUAUGGGGAUGAAUUUCACACCCUACGGAGAAAACAAAAAUUCUACCCCGAAAAAGUUUCCCAAGACAUGUUUCAGCUACAUGUUUUGAACAUGGAAGACAGUGAUCAGGGCAAAUACCACUGCGCUGUGGAGGAAUGGCUCUUGUCUACAAAUGGCACUUGGCUCAAGCUUGGAGAAAAGAAGUCAGGUCUGACAGAAUUGAAACUCAGGUCCACAGGAAGUAAGGUACGUGUUUCCAAAGGGUACAAGACAGAAAAUGCUACUGAGCACGGAGAAGUGGCCAUCCACUGCAGCCUGGAGAGUUCUGGCAGCUCAGCUUCCCUGUUCUCUGUGAUGUGGUACCAGAACAGGGAAAAUUCUGGAAGGAAGAUGCUGGUGCACUUGCAGCAUGAUGGCUUGUUGGAGUAUGGUGAAGAGGGGCUCAGGAGCCAUCUGCACUCUUACCGUUCAUCCCCUACAGACUUUGUCCUGAAGCUUCAUCGGGUAGAGAUGGAGGAUGCUGGGCUCUACUGGUGCAGGGUGACAGAGUGGCAGCUGCAUGGCAGUCCAAGCAAGUGGGUCAACCAAGCAUCAGAUGAGUCACAGCAUAUGGUGCUCACGGUGCUGCCUUCAGAGCCCACAUUUCCUUCCAGGAUCUGCUCAUCAACAUCUUUACUCUAUUUUCUAUUGGUCCUCCCCUGCAUUCUGUUGAUUCUUCUGUCCAUUUCCCUCCUCUGCUGGUACCACAAGGCCAGGAAGUUGUCAGCCCUGAGUCUAACAGCACAGAACGAAAAGGCUCUCUGGGUGAACUUGAAAGGGGCUGGUGACUGGACAACAAACCGGAGGGAAGAGGAAGAGGAAGACCAUUGAAUCCGGAGAGCUUCCAGCAGCUUGGGGAAAGUGCGGGCUUUGGAAUCAGACUGAGCGGCAUGUGAAUGUGAAUGAAUCCUGAUCCCAUCCUUCCUGGAGUCUGUGGCCUUAGGCAAGUUACCUAGGAAUCAGAGGGAGUAUUUAUUGAGCGCCUAUGUGGGGCCCCACACUGCUAAGUGUUUCUUCGUUGUAUUACCCUCAUCUACCCCUUGCAACUUCCCAGGAGCUAGAUGAUUUACCCUGUUUUUCACUGGCUGUACCUCACAGAGGUUCAGGGUCCCUGUCUGUAAGGAGAGAACCUCCCUCACACAGUGUCUUGGGUAUUCGGUGAGAUCGGAUGGCGAAGCCCAGGGUGAGAAUGCCCUCUACUCUCUCCUCCCUUAUGUCACUGACUCCCGGGAGAGCACUCAGAGUGGUCCAGUCACACUGGCUCUAGCUUCAUCUUUUGCUCCCAGAUAAGAGGUGUAGGAAGGGGCCUGAUGUCAGCAAGGCAAAAAGAUGUUGGGGAUAUGCUCUUCGUUCACAUCCGAUCUGCUUCCCAACGUGAGCAUGACUUCCUUCAAAGUAGAAAUCCCAUCUGUCCCUCAUCCCAUCUAUAAAUGCUACUCAAGAACAAGCUCUGCGAAGAGGGUACCUGAUCCGUUUUGGCCCUUUGAUGAAAUUGUAAAGCAUUUUGUAGUCUGAGUUUCUUUCUUUUUUCUUUACCUUUACGUUUCCCUUUUCCUUCCUUCCUUCCUUUUUUCCUUUCUCUUUCUUUUCUCUAUUAGCAUUAGGUCAUUGCUUAAGGGAGAACUUUUUUUUUUUUUUUUUAACAACAGUGCUCUAAUCAGCCUCCAAGGCCUCAUACCUCCCCUUCCUCCCCACUCCAAAAGAUCCAUCUGGGUCCUGGCUCUGAGCCAAUGCUUUAUUUUCUUUGACCUGACAGCAUUAGGUAGUAGCACAGGGCAUUGUGGUGGUUCUUUGGGGAAGGAGGAGGAACAGAGCCCCUGUCCUGUCUUCCCCCAGCAGGGGCUAGGAGCUCAGGGGAAGCAGCGGGUCAAGUCUGGUUCCUCAGGGUCCCCUGUUCUCAUCCAGGAACGGUUGGGGGAGGGGGAUGGUUGGGGAGUGUCAUGGCUUAAGGCUUUCAACAACUGUCCCCCAGGGUAUAACAGGUAUUCCCACUGGGCCUGAGGCCUCCUCAUCUUUGUUUCAAAAGCUGCUUGGGCCCUGUUGUAGCUAGAAUUGGAAAUCAAUCAGUACCACCUAACAGACUUGAGAAGAUGCAUCUAUUUGUUAUCUGUGUGACCAACAGGGUUGCUUUAGCACUGGCUAAUUUGCAUUUCCAAGGAGAGCAAUUUAUUUUUAAUUAUUUUAUCAAGCACACACGUCUCUCCAAACAUAAUUAGUUCCUUUGCAGGGGGAGCAUCGGUGGCUAUGAGAACUCCCAGUGUAGAGCUAUAGGUCCCUUCCGCUCAUCUCCCUUUAUAGGCUCAUUUAAAAUAUCCCAAGUGUUUCCUUAAAUGUGUCAACAUAUUAGUCUCUUCUCAGGUAGGGUGGCAUAUUUUUCAGAAAACAAAGCUAAAGGUAAGACUUGUUAGAAAGUAUGAUGUCCCCUGCCUUCCCUCCCCCCCCCAAACCUGUAUUUUAAUUAGGAUUUUAAAGGGAAAGGGAGCAGAAUCGAGCCCCGUCAGAUAAUCAGAGUGGAUUCUGGUGCUGCCCCCUGCCUGGGGUCCUCUUUCCCCUGACCCCGUCCCUCUCUCCUCACCUGGGUCUGGCCCUUUUGGCUCAGAGCUCGCCGGCCACUUCUUCCUGUUUGAAUCCGGCCCAGACAUGGCACAGAGCAGACACUGAAAUGUCCAAGUGCGUCGCCCAGAGCCGAGCUUGGGAACGAUUAGAUUACUCCCCAGGGAACACCUCGUGCCCAGCCCCGGGAUUGGUGUGAGGGAUCCAGUGGGGACCCAGCCGGAUGCAGUUCCAUUCCCCUGGGGUCAUCAGCUUGUCCCUUCUGGCUGCUGGGCUCCUCAGCACACCAGGCAUCCUAAGAAGCCGUUUUGUGCUAUUUGGCCCGUCGUGAAUUUUUAGGCAGCUAAACCCCAAAGUCGUCUUUUCUCGUUUCUGAACUGAAUAAAAUUUGUGUUCACCCAAGUCGGUCGAUGUUUCCCGUGAAACCUCUUCUCUUUCCAAUGCUGUGCUUGUCCCGUUUUACUCUCUAACACUUAGUGGAGAACUUCACUUUUAUUAACCGAUUUAAACUUUUCCAUUCUCUGUCAGCACCUGGUUUUCCUUUCAGCGUCUUGGGUUUUCAGUCCUCCUUGGCAACUGAACAAACCUGUCUCGGGAGUUGGCUACCUAUGGCCCACAGGCCAAGCACAGCCCACCACCCGUUUUUUAAAAUAUGAAUUGUUGGAAAACAGCCAUUCCGUUUGCCUGCAUAUUACCUCAGGCUGCUGUCUUCAUAAAACAGCAGAGGUGAGUAGUUGCCAUGGAGAAUGUGUGCCUAAAAUGUUUACUAUCUGGCCCUUUACAGAAAAAGGUUUCCAACCCUGCUCUGUUUUAGUGGCUAAUGUUCUGUCUUAACCAUGCACUGCGUUCCUGGGACCCUUGACCUAUUGUAUUGGUAUCUCUUAUAUACCUGAUUAAUUGAAGAAUAAUCUGAGGCUCUCCAGUUUGGGGUCUGGUCCAAGCCAUUGCGAAGUUUGAAUCCUCUGCUGCACUCUUCCUAGAGAUGGAAAAUUCAGCACCCUGGAGGUACUCCUGCUCAGUGCAGGACGAGAUGACGUGGAGGUGUAUGAGGCAUGAAUAGGCUGUUUUCGUUCUUUUUAGUCUAGGAAGACAUGUAUGGGGAACAGCUGAUAUACGGCAGAACAAGAAAGUAGAAAGUCAAGUGCCAUAAUUCUAUCUUAUGAUUGCACAGAAGUUGUUCAUCAUCUCAGAGUUUCAGUGCACCCCCAUGUAAAAGGGAUUGUUAUUCCUGUCCUGCAGGAAAGACAGGGACGCUUAGAGGGGUUGGGUUGCUCCAGGAUCACCUAGCCACAUGUAGAAGAGCAAGAGCUCCAAUUUAGGUCUGCUGGCAACCAAUCCUAGGCUCUUCCCAUGGUAGACACUGUGCUCAAAGUCACAGCAAUGGGGAACAUCUAGUGAUGAUAAUAUCCACCUCACAUGGUUAUGAGCAUGGAAUCAGAUGCUUAUAUGGGGUAAGUUUUAAACCGUUUCAAGUCAUAAGUGAAUGUGGGCAUAACCAAGUUUUUUUUCAGGCCUCAUCUGUCUGUGCACAUAAAUGAAAUUAAAUCAACAAUAAUAAAAUUCUAUAGACUUUCGCCCCCCAAGCUACUUACAUGGGGUCUUGGCCAUCUGUAAAGCGUUCUUCAAGUACUUCUGGGGAUUCUAUAGGAUUCUGGGAGUUCACAUGAACUUAUGAACUAGUCCCCUCCCACAUGGUUUCCUGCUACUCCGUUCGGCUCUACGGGCUCCCACUGCAGCCAGGAUGCUGGAGCAUAUAACGUAUCAACGCCGGACAGUGUUCAUUGGUAAGCAAGGAAAAACACCUCUUAUUUUGUCCUGAUGUCACACUCUGGAUUGCAAAUGAAUCCAAAAUUGCCUGUGCCCCCAUGUCUCCAAAGAUUGUGAAAACAGGCCCUUUAACUUUUGCCCAGUACCUCCUUGCUCCACAGGGUCCAGACACCAGCGAGUCUGGGCCCAGUCUGGGAGAGAGACGUCAUGCUGUUUUUCAUUUCCCAUGCUCAACCCCUGGGAACCUGUUAGUACAUCUUCAUCUCAGACCCCCUGUCUCCCCUGCAGUUGAGUCAUGCAAAUUUUACUUCUGGGGAGUCCGCCCACUCAUCAGACAGGUCCAGGGAAGUUUACAUUCCCCGUAGGCUCAGCUGGGACUUCUGUUAUGUUGGCUAUUAAUUUUUACCCCUAAUGUAGUAAAGUGCUAUGGCAAUUGAGAAAUCAGAGACAGCUUCACAAAGGAGAUGUCAUCUGAACUAGGCUUCAAAGUCAGGAAAUAUUUUGACAGGAGAAGUUGGGAUAAACAGUAAUCUGUGGGGAGAGAUAGCUCCAUGAAAACUGUGUAGAAUAGCUUUGGUUUGAUUUAAGUGUCAGAAUUAUGGAGCAAUGAGAGAGAUUAAAUAUGGAAAGAUUAGAGUGAGGAGGGACAAGAGAACAGAUCUUGAACAUGCACAAAAACUUUGACUUUAUUUGAUGGACAAUGGUGAGCCAUUGAAUGUUAUUUAGCAGGGAAGGAGCAGCUCUCCUUUAGGAGAAUUGAAAAACCAGCAACAUAGAUGAUGGGUAGGGGUUGAGUGAGGGCUGGGGCAGUAUCAAGGCAAAGCAGGGCAGCCAACCUCAGGAAAUAACCUCCAUUUUCCUAAUGUGUGUAACAAGGAUAAAACCAAUUUUGUGAGGUUUGAGGACUGAACCGAAUUAUCAGGAAGUUUCAAGUAUUACAUUAAGCUCAUAGAGGUAACUAAUGUAUAUUUGUUAAGUACAAUGACAACAUGUUAUGAGAUUCUUCUUCUGUUUAAUAAAUAUUUGUUAUCCUAA